UGUCUUUCAGACUGACAGAGGGAAUGAAUAAAAGUCUUUUGGACGUACGGCGCAGAGGGCCACCAUGACCCCUGCGGUGACCCCAAAGAAGAGACCCCCACCUCACCUGCUAAUUAUUGGUCGGUGUGCAGCAUCUACAGGCGAGCUGUUAAACUCAGGAAAGUGGAGAGACAGAAAAGGCAGGGGAGAGAGGGGAUGACAUGCAGCAAAGGGCCUUGGGCCGGAUUAAACCUGACACACGCUCUACCCAGAUGAUUGACAGCUGCUCCUUCUGAACUCCAGGAUGCCUGUAGUGCCAGUGGGCGGGACAUCCUCCUCCCACCAUGUUGUACCUGUUGCCCUCACCUGCUCCUGGCUGCUCCUGCUCUUCCACGCCGCCUUCGGUCAGAAACCCGCCAAGCUGCCCUUGAUUGGCCGGAAGCCCUUCAUCGCAGCCUGGAACGCCCCGCUGGACAUGUGCAUCAUCAAGUACAAUGUUACCACCAACAUCGACCACCUCUUCCACAUCCACGGGAGCCCGCGUGCUGAUUGGACGGGCCAGAACGUCACCAUCUUCUAUGCCAACCGGCUGGGCUACUACCCCCACUACACGCCACAGGGCGUUCCUGUGCAUGGCGGCCUGCCUCAGAACUGCAGCCUGGACCUGCAUCUGUUCAAGGCCUACCAGGACAUUAACCACUUCAUCCCUGCAGAGGACUUCCGUGGCCUGGCUGUCAUUGACUGGGAGUUCUGGCGGCCUCAGUGGAACCGUAACUGGCACAAAAAAGACAUCUACCGCCGCAAGUCAAAGGAGCUGACCGCCAAGGCGUAUAUCAACGUGACGGAGGCACAGGUGGAGGAGCUGGCACGGCGGCGGUUUGAGAAGAGUGCCAGGGCAUUCAUGCAAAGGACUAUCCAGCUGGGGAUACGCCUUCGCCCCAAUGCUCUCUGGGGUUUCUACCUCUACCCUGACUGCCACAACUACAACCUGCAUGAGCAGAACUACACAGGCUUCUGCCCUCUGCUCGAGAGGCUGAGGAACGAAGAGCUGGUGUGGCUGUGGAACAGCAGCACAGCACUCUUCCCCUCUGUGGCAAUCAGGAAAAGUCACACCAACAGCAUCAGCAACCUGCACUUCUCCCAGCACAGAAUCCGAGAGUCGCUACGGGUUGCCUCGCUGACUUCCAAAGAGUACGACCUCCCCACCUAUGUGUACCUGAGGCUGGGCUACAGAGACGAGGCCCUGACCUUCCUCACCGCAAAAGACUUGAUCCACACCAUCGGGGAGAGUGCUGCACUGGGAGCUGCAGGAUUUGUCAUUUGGGGAGACCUGAACCUGACCUCGUCCAGGCACAACUGCACCAAGGUGAAAUCCUUCCUGAGACAUCGCCUGGGCCAGUACAUCACGAAUGUGACGCGAGCUGCUGAAGUCUGUAGUGACUUCCUGUGCCAGGGGAAUGGCCGCUGUGUCCGUAGAGACCCCCUCGCCCACCAUUACCUCCACCUGAGUGCCAAAAGCUACCGCAUCCGGCUUUCUGUUGAUGGGAACUUUGCCGUUACUGGGUGGCACUCACAGCACGAGCUGCAGCUGCUGACUGAGAGGUUUCGCUGCCACUGUUACGAAGGCCAUGAGGGCGAGGACUGCGACAGCAUCAACAUAGUGAGGGAGGAUGACAGGCCGUGGAGGAACGAGGAGGAGGACGAGCAGGAGAGGCGGAGAACGGAGUGGGAGGACGAGCAGGGUGAACGGUGGGAGGGAGGGGAGAGUGUGGCACCACUGACCAGCUAUAGCCUUCAGCUGAUUUUGUUGAUGAUCCUGUUGAACUUAUUGUUGGUAAAGACGGCCGUAUGACGCAGUUUGCAAAAAAUAGGUUUCAACAAAGCUGUGUGCAGAUGUUAGUUUUUCAACACACAGACAGCAUAAUGUCUUAGAUUUAAGAAGAAGACAAACUGGUCUUUGGCUGAAUUUGAACUAAGGACGUCUGUCGUCUAACCAUCACAAUGUGGCCCUUGUCAAAGUUGCUCAAAUCCUCACGCUGCCCAUUUUUCCUACUUCUAACACAUCAAGUGGAGGACAAAAUGUUCACUUGCUGCCUGAUAUAAUCCACCCACUGACAAGAGCCAUGAUAACCAGAUAAUCAGUGUUAUUACCUUCACCUGUCAGUGCUCAUAAUGUUAUGGCUGAUUGGUGUAAGUUUUGCUCAUGGCCAUUAGAGGAACUUAAGCUGAUCGCCACAAUGAUCACACACUCAGCUGAGGGCGUUUGCAUUAAUGGUGAAAUGUGAAAUGAAAACAAAGCCUUUUUCUCUGAUCACUGCUGUGUUGAAAAGUAACAUGUCUAAAAACACCCUUUUAAAAGGAGUGUAAUGGCAAUUUACAUGACACCAGGGUUUGGCCUGUUGGUAGAUAAAGGUUUGGUUAAUUGUACAGUUAAACUGAGCUGUAUUUGACUACAGCAAAAACAUGCACUUCCUUUUGUGUCAACAACUGCAGUUCUUCCAAGAAUGUUAAUUAGUAAAUGUAGGAAAGGAAAGGAAAGGGAAGGUUUGAAAAGUGUCACUGCAGAAUGAGGAUCAGACUGCACAUUUUUACUUUUCACACUUAAAAAGAAUUGCAGUAAAAUGUGGCUUGCUGUGGAAUGAUCCUCCAGUUUGUUUUGUGGAAACACAAUAACCAAGCCUUUCAAUGAAAACCAAAGGGUGCUAAUACUACCACACAACCAUAUGUAGGAAAAUAAUCACUAACAUUUAAUGCUUGGUCUGGUGUUUUUGAAGCAAUCCUGUCUCCUAUGAAUUAUGUUUCUACAUUACAAAAUUGUUUUAAGAAUUACAUUGUGAUGACAACCAAUACCUGCCUGAAUUAUGUUCAGAGAUAAACAUUUUUGAAACACCACAUUUAUGUGGCAAGGUGGAGUGAUAAAGCAGGUGGUUGGGGUGGACUGUGGACGUACAAAGUGCACACCACAGUUCUGGGGUUCAUGUCCAGACCUAGCUGAGGUAAAGGAAAGAUCAUGAUUUUAGUCAAAUGGACUGUUUUCCUAGGUUGCCUAUUUUGGCGGAAAUCAAUGAAAUACAUUGUCAGUGAACACUUCACUAAUAAGUUCAAUGUUUGUUUUUUUUGUCAGGUAUGAUAAUUAACAUUUCCUCAUUAUGUUAUUAGAAAACAUAAUUUGGUUUCCCUCAAAACACUUGCUGUUGCAAAUUAGUUGUAUAUAAAUCUAAGUUCUAGGAGGCAAGGCUGUUUUGAAGACAUCCUUUAAGAAUUUUUGUUUAUUUCUAAUGGCAUGAAGCUUUAACAAUAAGCUGUUAUUUUACUUGACAUUAUACAUUGUGUAUUUUUUGUACUGUUGCUUACAUAUUCUUGAAGUACAGCUUGUAAGGAAAUGCCUCAUAUUUGACCCUUUUGGGACGUGGCGUGCUCAUGUUUUAGGUGCUAUUCAUUUCAAAAUAUUAUGUAUCUGUAGCUUUUCUAUAUGGAUGUAAGUAUAAGAAUAGAGGAUCAGGUUUGUUUUUCAAUGAUUACUGUAUGUAGACGAUGAUGUUACUAUAUCUCAGUUUAGAGGAAUCAAAUCAAAUGUGUGAUAUCUCAUCUUGUGGAAGCAGUUAUGUCACUGAUGAACAUUACUGUAGGUAUGACGAUACACUGAACAGGAUAUAAAAGAUGGCACAUACUAAAUCUGAAUACAUGACUCAGUGGCUCUCUCUGGUCCUUUGGUUCUUCAGUGCCUACUGCUUUCCAAAGUUGGUGGUUUCAGUUCAAACCAAAGUUGAAAUAUAGAGCAGUACAAAAGUGUAAAGGGGACUAAAGUAUCAUCUUCUGCAAAAACAUGACUGGAGGCAGAAAGCUGACUAAAAACUGAAUGUAGGUUAAAGGGAAUUUAAGUCAAAUCGUUUGUACUUGACAUGGACCCAAACCUGAACCAAUCUGAGUUCAGAAAAACUGUUCUUACCAGUUUGUUGUUUUCUGUCUUGAUUUGUUUUUACCCAGACCAUUAACCCUCAGAGAACAGCUAUCUAGGAUGCUAAAGUUCUCCACUUAAAGUCCAUUAUUUAGGAGCUUUCAAACUUCAUUAUCAAAUGAAGUUUGCUCAGUUUUCAUACAUCUGUAGAUGUUUAAACUUUCAUUCGUCUAGUAGUUUGUAUUCCUGUCUACUUCUGCUAGGACACUCCAUUAACUUUAGGACCAUUAACCAUGUGCACAAUCUUUUCCUCACCUUAAUCAAGCAGUUAUAGUGACCUGAACCAUAGAAGUGACAGAGCAGAAAACACUCACAUGAAUUACCUGUAAUCAUUUUGGAAGACAGUGACAAACAAUUGUGUCCUCCAAAUAAGGCUGUAAACCAGAAAAAGGUCAUAUCGGUCGUUUUGGAGGGCAAAGACAAAUGGCAUGUAGUUGCAGUUUUUCCCACUCCAUUUGAAAUAUUUUCAACUAGCCUUUUCAACUCAGCACACUUUGUGCCUAGAGCAACUACAUUUCCAUUCAUGUCUUUUCAUAAUCGCAUCUCUCAGAAAAUAUACUAUAUGUUCAGUUUGAACAUAUCUUUAAAGUAAAUAAACAGCAGCAUUGUGUUUCUAUUUUUACUGCACACUAAGAGCUUAGUCACUAGAAAAAGCCUCUUGUGAAACUGACUUAUAAUUUGUUGCUAACAGAGUGUUCUGGGGUCCAGUCCAAGUGUAUCAUUGGUCAGAGACCUGGAGCAUUUUAAGCUUAACCAAAUCCAGUGGAGAGGUAGGCCUGAGACCUGGUUUGCGUUGGGUGGGUCAUCCCAAAGAUGUCUAAUGGUCUAUAGGUAGAGUUUCUCUAACUUUAUGGUCUUUUAAGUUAAACAUGUAGCAUGUUACAAGUCUCUGUAACCCUGAUCCUGGUUUGAACUGAAUCAGUACUUUCAUCUCAAACAAGCUUUCAGGUGAAGUUCAGUUCUGAAGAGCUUCACUUCACUCAGCUUGUUGCAGUAGCGCUUACUGCAGUGCACAAUGUUUUGUCUCUUAAGAUUGUAAACCAAAUAUGCAAGGACUAUGCAACACAUGAAAAAUGUUAUUUGAAUGUAAUUGCACUGCAAAUAAAGAAUUUCUUUCAGUA